CACUCGGCAGUAGGUAGACAUGUCUGGUCGCGGGAAGGGCGGCAAAGGCCUUGGCAAAGGCGGCGCCAAGCGCCACCGCAAGGUGCUGCGCGACAACAUCCAGGGCAUCACCAAGCCCGCCAUCCGCCGCCUGGCGCGCCGCGGCGGCGUCAAGCGCAUCUCGGGCCUCAUCUACGAGGAGACCCGCGGCGUGCUCAAGGUCUUCCUGGAGAACGUGAUCCGCGACGCCGUCACCUACACGGAGCACGCCAAGCGCAAGACGGUCACGGCCAUGGACGUGGUCUACGCGCUCAAGCGUCAGGGGAGAACGGCGCCGAACGUACUCAGCCUCUCCUUGUAACUGCUACAAGCAUCCCAAAUGGCUCGCACGAAGCAGACUGCCCGCAAGUCGACCGGCGGCAAGGCCCCGCGCAAGCAGCUGGCCACCAAGGCGGCCCGCAAGAGCGCGCCGGCCACGGGCGGCGUCAAGAAGCCGCACCGCUACCGGCCGGGCACGGUGGCGCUGCGCGAGAUCCGGCGCUACCAGAAGUCGACGGAGCUGCUGAUCCGCAAGCUGCCGUUCCAGCGGCUGGUGCGCGAGAUCGCGCAGGACUUCAAGACGGACCUGCGCUUCCAGAGCUCGGCCGUGAUGGCGCUGCAGGAGGCGUGCGAGGCCUACCUGGUGGGGCUCUUCGAGGACACCAACCUGUGCGCCAUCCACGCCAAGCGCGUCACCAUCAUGCCCAAGGACAUCCAGCUGGCGCGCCGCAUCCGGGGAGAGCGAGACAGCAAAUUGAAACACCAGGACUUGUGCUACAGAUCUUUCAUAGAAUUUGUGGGUGGCUCUGAAAAGAGCCUUUGGAGUGAAGAGUACUCAAGCACGCGUUUACUUGGAGCUGGUGUACUUGGUGACGGCCUUGGUGCCCUCGGACACGGCGUGCUUGGCCAGCUCGCCGGGCAGCAGCAGGCGCACGGCCGUCUGGAUCUCCCGGGACGUAAUGGUCGAGCGCUUGUUGUAGUGCGCCAGGCGCGACGCCUCGCCCGCGAUGCGCUCGAAGAUGUCGUUGACAAACGAGUUCAUGAUGCCCAUGGCCUUGGACGAGAUGCCCGUGUCCGGGUGCACCUGCUUGAGCACCUUGUACACGUAGACCGAGUGCAGGCUCCCGUCAGUAUGCUAGUAACCAAUCACAGGUCCUACUCAGUCACCAAACUACCAGGCGCGGAGUUUGAAAAUUCCAGCCAAUCAGGAAGAAGUCUCCUUUAUAAAUGGCGCGAGAAAAGCCGUUGGCCCAGUGGUUACUCUGACUUGUUAGUCAUGGCUCGCACGAAGCAGACAGCCCGCAAAUCAACCGGCGGCAAGGCCCCGCGCAAGCAGCUGGCCACCAAGGCGGCCCGCAAGAGCGCGCCGGCCACGGGCGGCGUCAAGAAGCCACACCGCUACCGGCCCGGCACGGUGGCGCUGCGCGAGAUCCGGCGCUACCAGAAGUCGACGGAGCUGCUGAUCCGCAAGCUGCCGUUCCAGCGGCUGGUGCGCGAGAUCGCGCAGGACUUCAAGACGGACCUGCGCUUCCAGAGCUCGGCCGUGAUGGCGCUGCAGGAGGCAUGCGAGGCCUACCUGGUGGGGCUCUUCGAGGACACCAACCUGUGCGCCAUCCACGCCAAGCGCGUCACCAUUAUGCCCAAGGACAUCCAGCUGGCGCGCCGCAUCCGCGGGGAGCGGGAUAUCAGUUUGAGGUCCGCUGAAUUGCUAUAUAAGCAGACUCAUGUUGGUCUUACUGGCAGUUUUCUUUUGUGCUUCUUAUUCUUAAGAAUGUCUGGUCGUGGCAAGGGAGGCAAAGGCCUUGGCAAAGGCGGCGCCAAGCGCCACCGCAAGGUGCUGCGCGACAACAUCCAGGGCAUCACCAAGCCCGCCAUCCGCCGCCUGGCGCGCCGCGGCGGCGUCAAGCGCAUCUCGGGCCUCAUCUACGAGGAGACUCGCGGCGUGCUCAAGGUCUUCCUGGAGAACGUCAUCCGCGACGCCGUCACCUACACGGAGCACGCCAAGCGCAAGACGGUCACGGCCAUGGACGUGGUCUACGCGCUCAAGCGCCAGGGCCGCACCCUCUAUGGCUUCGGCGGUUAAUGCAGUUAGAUUUAAUUUACUGCAGUAAACCAAAAGGCCCUUUUCAGGGCCCCCAA